AUGGCGUAUACACCACAACCACCGCAAAAAAACCCGUCGCUAGUGGGGUCACUGGUGCGGCUGGUCGACGACGACGGCGCUAAUGGCGCUGCUAGCGCCUCGCCCAGCGCCGCUCACCGGCGCCCGCGCCUGAAACCCCCCGCUAAGGGCGCCGUGGUGGACCAGCGAGGGGCGCUGAUCGACGAAUUGGCGCAGGAGGGGGCGUUGAUGGGCGACGAUGAGUACCAGUUUCUCGGGUCCCAAGGGGAGGUGGUGGCGGCGGAACAGGCGCCAGUGCAUGUUGAUGAAGACGGUAAUGAUCUCGACCAGCGGGUGGCUCAAUUGGCGAUCAAUCUCCACAAAAACCGUGGCCUGGCGCCGGAGCUGACGGCGGAGGAAGCAGCGCCGAAGACCACGCCCAAACCAGUGGCCGCUUCGAGCAACAACAUCUACCUGGCGCCUGAUCUCAGCGAGUACCAGCUCGACCACCAGAUUCAUGACCACUCGCUGUUUGUGUCGCUGUUAGAGUCCCCCCACAACCCAAAGAAGCUUCCGGGGUAUGUCGACCACCAGUCGCCGGCGCCCACUCAGAGAGCGCUGGUGCUGCGGACGCCGCUGGCGCCCGCGCAACCACUGCAACUGGCGCCGCCUCAAGUCAACGUCACCGACACCACCGACGGCCUUCACUCGCCUUACUGGCACACUGACCGGGACCUGCUGCGGAGCCGGGUCCGGGACUCGCUGAAGGGGCGCCUGCCGCUGAACCUGAGACUCACGGGGCGGCGCCACUUGGCUCGCGGCGACAACUACAAGACCGUGCACGACGAGCUGCCCUUAGGUUACGAGAUGCCGGGCAACUUGGAGCCGCCGGCGGAGGACGACGGCGACGGCGACGACGACCGGGUGACCCGUCACGGCAAGCGGACGAUGCUGGAGAAGCUCCAGAUCGCCGAGAGCGCGCUGGCGCCGCCGGCGUUCGGGGGGCUGCGCGACCCGCUGUUGGUGACGCUGGGCGACUACACCAACUUCAACGUCGACCUGCCCCACGCCUACGACGACCGCCUGAAGCUCAACGCCCAGCAGCGGCUCGCGCUGGCGUCGUACUUGCGGCUGAUCUCGCGGCUGCGGUCGCGCCCGGCGGCGCGUCGCGAAGCGUGUGCCAAAGACGAGGCCGACCCUAGCGAGCUUGUCCGUGAGGGCGCCUUGGUCAACGACGACUACGAGUACGCCGCCAUGGACAUCAAGGAAGAGGCCGAGCAGGCGGUGUGA